UACUGCGCACCCCCUUUUAUUGAAUAGUAUUUUAGGCAUUGCCAUACACGCAACCACCUGCGGCCAACUGUUACGAUCUCCGAUCAUAGAUCGUAUCGCUGUAAACGCGAAUAUACCACAACAAUGGCGGCUAGUCCCACACUACCUGUGUUAGUACGCUGUCACACACACAGUGUGUGAUCCAGACGUCUGUGGUGCAGGGCAAAUACUAGCGUUAUUCACUCAUUGCUACCUAUUCGUGUGAGACCGGUGCUUGAAGCUAGGAUACGUGUUGACUUCUUAUGGAGAUUUCCCUAACGAGCUGAGUUUCAGUUUUAAAUGUGGAAUAUUUUGGUCGUGUCCUGUAAACUCGACGUCGACGAUGUCGCGAAGUAUCUUAAAGAAGUCUUCUCCGAUGCGCGUUCCACGAGACGACGUUCAGGAAAAGACAAAGGAGGAAGAAACGAAGACAGAGGAGAAACCAUGUCAGUCUGCCAGGGAAGAAGCUGAGGCAGCAGCAUCAAUACCAGAUCCUGGUUUCAGCAGCGAGAGCAGGAAAGAUGAACCCAAAAAGCCAUUCAAGAACAAGAAUCUGAAGGCAAAAGACUCCAUGAGGCUGUCAAGUAACAGACUGGGUUCAUCACCGAGAUCCAGAUUCUUGCAAAAGCGAAAGGAAUCUAGUAGUUCACCCCGCUUGCUGAAAAUAAAAGAAGGCGAAAACACUUUCACUUUUCCGGAAUCAGCGAGUGUAAAUCCUACAAAAGUAUCGGGUGAUGCUCCAGGGAAGGAUACUGGAGAUGGAACGCCUGGUAAGGUUUUUUUACAGAGAACGCUGAAGGAGAGUACCCUAGAGAGAACGCCCGGGGUGGAUGCUGUACACAGAAAGGAUACUGUAGACAGAAAGUCCAGGGAGGAUACUGUAGACAGCACAUCCAGGGAGGAUACUGUAGGCAGCACGUCCAGAGAGGAUACUAUAGACAGCACGUCCAGAGAGGAUACUGUAGACAGAAAGUCCAGGGAGGAUACUGUAGACAGAACGUCCAGAGAGAAUACUGUAGACAGCACGUCCAGAGAGAAUACUGUAGACAGCACGUCCAGAGAGGAUACUGUAGACAGCACGUCCAGGGAGGAUACUGUAGACAGAACGUUCAGAGAGAAUACUGUAGACAGCACGUCCAGAGAGGAUACUGUAGACAGAAAGUCCAGGGAGGAUACUGUAGACAGAAAGUCCAGGGAGGAUACUGUAGACAGCACGUCCAGGGAGGAUACUGUAGACAGCACGUUCAGGGAGGAUGCUGUAGACAGAACGUCCAUGGAGGAUACUGUAGACAGAACGUUCAGAGAGAAUACUGUAGACAGCACGUCCAGGGAGGAUACUGUAGACAGCACGUUCAGGGAGGAUACUGUAGACAGCACGUCCAGAGAGAAUACUGUAGAUAGCACGCCAAGAGAGGAUAUUGUCGACCACACAUCCAGGGAGGAUAUUGUAGACAGAACGCCCAUGGAGGAUAUUGUACAUAGCACGUCUCGUACGGAUAUUGAAGACAAAACUUCCAGGGAGAAUACUGCACACAGACCUAGUAGAUCUGAUCAGUCUGGUCAUAUCCAUCUUCCCGUAGAUUUGGAGGAGAAUAGAAAAGCAAACCCUCACUUGCAUACGAGGAUCGAUUCAGCAGUCACAAAGUCUCCCAACAUCGCAUCUGAUGUCAUACCAGACAAAUCCCAGACAAAGCAGAAGGUGGAUGCUGCUCUUGGUGGAGGAGGUACAGACAACGAGGUGUUCAUGAGAAAGAGUCAAGAUGUUGUGGCUGAAGAUCAAGACAGAUCAACACGUGGAGACCUGGCUGGUGCUUCUCGUGAUGUGUGUGAAGUGGAUAUCCCUGACAGUAUAGUUUGCGAAUCAGACAACUCUAGUCAUGUCGAAUCUGGGAAAUAUGUUAAAGGGACCAAGGGGGUGCACGCUGUGUCAACGACAUGUCCUAGUCCUAAAGAUAAGAUAGAAGUGGAAGUCUUGCCAACAUAUGAUCCUAGUCCAGCUUAUGCUUUAGAUGUACAAGAUAGACCAGCAGUAGAUCCAAGUCCUACAGAUAAUGAAAAUGUGCCUGAUUUGGUAAUAGCUGGCCCUACAACUGACAAUAUUGUAGGAGAUUUGCCAAAAGUAGACAUUCAUCCUCAGGCUACUUUAAACGAGCAACAUAUAGAUAAUGUUGAAGGUUUGUUAGCGGGUGUUUCAGUUCCAAAAGAGACUGUCGAAGUGCCAGAUGAUCCAUCGACAGUCCCCAUUCCCUCAAAUAUUGAAGAGGUUCAAGUGCUUCCAACGACAAUUCCCAUUUCCCCAGAUACUGAAGAAGUGCAGGUGUUUUCAACCCUAGAUCCGAUUCCGAAAGAUGCUGUAGAAGAGGAGGAUCAGUCACCAUCAGUCCCUACGUCUGAAAACUCAUCUCGCGAUGUUAAUCAUUUACAUAAAGGAACGGACAGAUGUUGUUACAAACAUGAUGGUAUUUCAGACACAUCGUUUCAUAUGGUUAUGGACAAAGGUGUAUCUGAAGAGUCAGAAGUGGAACGAUCCCAGCACGGUGAAUGUAAUAUGGAGCACGGUAAAGCUGCCCAAAAAAACGACGUGUGGUCCUUCUCCGACGAUGAGAGCCUUGUUUGAAAGUCAUGGAUCCAGGAAAUCAACUUUCCGCUAAAUUUACAUUCCGAUAUUUCCUCUUUCCAGAAUUCUUUGUUAUUCUUCACUUUAUCCAUGUUUGUCUAAAUGAGGAUUUGCUGCUAUAUAUUUGAUAAACAGCUUUGACAGCGACAAUUGGCCUUAUGGCCUACGGAAUACAUGUAUCUCGUCUAUCAAAUUUUGGAAUUGUGUGUUUAUGAAUAAUACGUGUAUUUCCACCAUGCUGGAAAUAUACCGUCCAAGAACGCUAUCAUUUGCCGUGUUUAACCGAACUAAGGAUAUACAAUGAGAUGAUAGUUUUGAAUUUUAAGGUAGCCUCAACGCGGGUAGAUACCUCAUAAUUUAAUUUGGAACCGGGCGCUUUAGCGCAAGGUUUUAAAUGUAGAUAUUACAUACCUCAAACCUGAUUUUAAUGGUAUUUUGACCAAUCAGAAUCAAGCAUUCUUCAGUGACAUGGUAGAUUUUACAGUAUGGGUAACAUUUGUACGUCUGUACUACUCAAACCGAAUUACCGACCAUCCGAUUCUUUCAUAUUACUAUGACAGGCCAUGACAGAUUACCUAUCGUAAAAUGAAAGAAUCCCGUGGUCCUUAACCUUUUAUGGGUAGUAUAGAUUUAUCAUCUCCCAGAAUGUAGAACAGAUGAUAGUAUUUUAGAACAGCUGUCUGAUCUUUAACAGGAACCCCUGUGGGUUUUUUUUGUAAAAAGAUAGAUGUUUUGUGUUUUAGUAAAAGACACCAUUGCAAUGCAUACUUUCCUGGCAUCAGAGAGUGUAAAUGUGAACACCCAUUGAUCUUUUGUCGUGCUUAGUAUCAUUCACCUUCUUCCUGCUUUUGAGUGGUCCCGUUAUGUUAGUGAUUAGUAUCAGUAUCAUACUGUCCCGACGUUGUUGUGAAUUUAAUCAAGAAAACUAAUAUAUAAUAAACCUUUGUGAAAUGUGAA